UUUUCUUUCUAGAAUGUAUCUGUGAAAAUUACAAACUGACCACAAACUGCUCUGAGAACACGUUAGGUCAAUGCCAGUGUACUGCAAUUGGUACACAACAUACCGUCAUUUGCUCAAAACUGGCUAGCAAAUGUUUGGUGAUGAAGGCAGAAAUGAGCCAUUCAAAGUCGGGGAGAAGACCGAAGCCUGAAGAUGCUAUCCAGAAUAACGAUGGGCUCUAUGAUCCUGAGUGUGAUGAGAACGGGCUCUUUAAAGCCAAGCAGUGCAAUGGCACCACCACGUGCUGGUGUGUGAACACUGCUGGUGUCAGAAGAACGGAUAAGGACACUGAAAAAUCUUGCUCCGAACGAGUGAGGACCUACUGGAUCAUCAUUGAACUAAAACACAAAACAAGAGAAAAACCUUAUGAUGUUAAAAGUUUGCAGACUGCAUUCAAGGAGGUAAUCACAACUCGUUAUCAACUGGAUCCAAAAUAUAUCAAAGAUAUUCUGUAUGAGAAGGAUGUUAUCACUAUUGACUUGGUACAAAAUGCAUCUCAGAAAACUCAGAAUGAUGUGGAUAUAGCUGAUGUGGCUUAUUAUUUUGAAAAAGAUGUUAAAGAUGAAUCCUUGUUCCAUUCCAAGAGAAUGGACUUGACAGUAGAUGGGGAACUACUGGAUCUGGAUCCUGGUCGAACUGCAAUUUACUAUGUUGAUGAAAAACCACCUGAAUUUUCAAUGCAAGGUCUAAAAGCUGGUAUUAUUGCUGUCAUUGUGGUUGUGACAAUAGCAAUUAUUGCUGGAAUUGUUGUGCUGAUUAUUUCCAGAAAGAAGAGAACGACAAAGUAUGAGAAGGCUGAGAUAAAGGAGAUGGGUGAGAUGCGUAGGGAACUCCAUGGAUAACUACUGUAAUUUGAAUAGCAACUACAAGGAGGGAAAUUAACAAACGGACUCAGAUUACAAAUAUAUGAGCAUGGGACAAAGAAAUCUUUGAGGACUACUAUUUUGUUAGUUAACAUAUAUUUGUAAUAGUGAAACCUGCACUCAAAAUAUAAGCAGCUUGAAAUUGACUUUACCAAUCUUAAAAUUUGAUCACAAGUGUAAUAUUUAUAUAGAUCUGAUAUCCCAGAAUCUGAUUGUCCUAGAACUUAGACUGAAUAGUUAAAAUUAUUUGUACAUAACAUUGAAGAGUGUGCAUUAAAUAUGCUUCCACAGUAGAGUUUGAGUGACUGUUGUCUCAUCCAUUUGUGAUUGGAAGCUGCCUUCCUGUUUACUUUGAGUCUUGUACAUAUGUACCUUUUAUAUGAACUACGAAAUAAAAACAUUUUAAAACUGAA